UGCAGUAGCAACAAUUGCAGAGAAUCAGAAGCCAAAGUGAAGCAGUAGAAGGUUUAUAAGAAAACAAAAAAAAAAGCAAAGUAAAUAUAUUGCAGAAACAAAAGAUCCACGAAUAUGAAGCAAAGAAUAUUCGCAUCUAUCUUAGUGAUGUUGCUCUUCAACCUGCAACGCUUACACGCCGCACCACCACAUCCGAAUGAUAUUGAUUUUAAUGACAGUAGCAGCGGAGGUGGAAUAGGCGGUGGUGGCGGCUUUGGCAAUUUAUUCCGUGGCAACAAUAACUCACAAAUGGACUACAAUAUAUUAGUUACGCAUCUGAGGGACUUCUUCAUGUAUUUACCAGUGAUGAUGACAUCGCUCAGGGAGUCCAUGUCUGGAUUUCCGAAGUUCGCCGAAGGUAUACGCAUACUGACUUCGAAAACUGGACGCUUAGAAGGUGUGGAUUGUAAUUGUGAAAAGAAUAGUAAUGAAAUUGACAGCAGACAAUUUGGUUGACAGGUCCUGUAGAUAGUAGUGAAAGGGGAGGAAAUUUCUUCGACUGAAGUGCAAAUGGGUACCUGAUUGAAGUGAAAUAAAAUCAAUUUAAAUAAGUUACAUUAAAAAACAAAAAAAAAUUUAAAAAUAGAGAUAUAAAAAAAUUAAAUAAAUUAAAAAAAAAUAAAUAAAUAAUGAGAAAUAAAAUAAAAUAAUGGUUACCUCAUCAUCAUCAACAACCCUAGAGUGCCAAGAUGGAGCAUAGGGCCACGCUACUUGAUUGAAAUAAUUUUAAAUAAAACGAAAUAAGUUAAAAUGAAAUAAAAAAGAACAAAAAACUUUAGUUUUUAAAUUUAAUUAAAUUAAAUAAAUAAAAAUACUAAAUACUAUAAAAUAAAAUAAAAAAUACUAUAAAAUAAAGGUUGCUUGAUUGAAAUAAAAGAUAAAAUAAAAGGAAACAAAUUUUUUGGAAAUAGUAAUUAAAAAUAAUGAUUACACGAUUGAAAUAAAAUAAAAUGAAAUAAAUUAAAAUAAAAAAGAGCAAAAAAAAGCAAUGUCAAAAAUAUUAAACUAAAUAAAAAAAUAAUUGAAAAUUAUGGUUACCUGAUUGAAAUAAAAUUAAGUAAAAUAAAAAGGAACAAAAAACAAUAUAUUCAAAAAAUUAUAUUAAAUUAAAUGAAAUUUAUAAUAAAAUGAAAAAAGUUACAAAAAUAAAAAAGAACAAAAUGAAUUAAAUAAAUUAAAAUAAAAAAGAAGACAAAAGAAAAAAUAUAAACUAGUGGUUAUCUGAUUGAAAAAAUUAAAAUAAAAUAAAAGAGUACAAAAAAAAAUUUAAAACAUUAUAUUAAAUUAAAUGAAAUUAAUAAUAAAAUGAAAUAAGUUGCAAUAAAAGAAAAAGGAUUAAGGGAAUAAAAAAAUAAAUGAAAGAAAUUAAAAUAAAAAAAUGAAAAUAAAAGAAAUAAUAUUAAAUAGUGGUUACCUGAUUGAAAAAAUUAAAAUAAAAUAGAAAAGACAAAAAAAAGUAUAAAAAAAAUUAUAUUAAGCGGUUAAGGUUAGGUUAGCGGCCCAAGUUCAAUAUUUUUGUUUGCUAGUCAAUUGCUUUAUUUUACAAAACUAAAAACAUAGUUUUAAUACCUCAUGUUUCGACUUGACUCUAGCAAAAUUUCAAAAACAAAAAAUAUUAAUUGUAAAAGUUAUCGCUGUUUGUGUGGAGCCCGUUUCUCCAGAAGUCCCUUGCGGUGAUCAUCACAAGUCCUUCGAGAUUCAUCUAAAAUCAAUCGAACCAGAGAAAUUAGUUUUAUUAAGAUAUAAUAUUUUCUUUCAAAAUUAACAAUACGGCGGCCUCAGGACAUGUCUUUCAGAUUUUCGAAAAGAACCGACAAUUAAUUAUUAAAAAAAAAUCUAAAUUUUUGAAAAAAGUUUUUUACGUUUUUCAAAAGCAGUAUAAAUUUUAUUGAAAUCUACCAAGCGGUUUUUAAGUUACAGUGAUCAACAGUUCAAAAAAACAUAGUUUUGAGAUAAACGAAUUUAAAGUUUUGCUAUCUGCUCUGGAACGCCCGAAGGAUCUUUUGUUAAUUGUUGAAUAACUCGAAAAGUAUUUGUUGGACUCACUACAAAUUUUGGCACAAUAUUUUUAAGAUACUAUACUUUAAGAAAAUGCAAAAAAGAAUCCAAUUUUUUUGAAAAUCCCGAAUACCCCUAACCCCUUAAAUUAAAUGAAUAUAAAAAAAUUAUAAAAAUAAAUAAAUGAAAUGAAAUAAAUUAAAGCCAAAUAAAAAAAUUAAUUAAAAUAUUAAUUAAAUAAGAAAAAUUAUAACAAAAAUUGUUAACUG